AUGGCGGAUUCCGCUAAUGCCGUUGCUGUCGAUGCGAUGAUUGAGAACGAGCACGAGAAUGAGACCGGGAAUGAGAUCGAGACUAGGAACGAAAAUGAGAACGAGAAUGAAGCCGAGAACGAGAAUGAGCCCGAAAUCGAGAACGAGAAGGAGAGCGCCGCCACGGAUCCUCCCCGUGCUCCUACUCCUCCUCCUCCAGAUGCCCCAAGCCAGCCUGAUCUCAACUAUCUCAGCAACACCGAGCAAGUCGACCUCCUCACAACGAGUCCGAAAUACAAAUCAAUGGCGAAACUCCAUGCGCUCCUCACCAGAACUACGCUAGGACCUUCCGCCUCUGAUGCCCCAAGUCCCGAAGCAGGUCCGGCCGCUCGUCUCCGCUUGCACGUUGCCGCCGCCCAAGCACGGCUGCAGCAGAUCAUCGCGCAGGAAAAAGCGGCGAAGAUGGAACUUACCCCCGAGCAGCGGAAAGAGGUGUUCCCGUUCCUGGCGCUGCCGGCGGAGUUGCGAGUGCUAGUCUAUGAAGAGCUACUUGUUACCGAUGAUCGCUUGCUCGUGACGUGGCGUGGCCCGAAGAGAGCGAGGGUGCAGCAGAAGAAGAUGUGGACAAGCGUGCUGAGGGUCAACCGGCUGGUGAGUGGGGAAGCGAGGGAGGUGCUGUACGGGGGCAACGUGUUUGACUUCGAGGAAAUAAUGCUCAAAUUCUCCACUGGCUCCUCCUUCCUGACCGCCAUCGGCCGCCACAACGCGCGCCUGAUCCGCACCCUCGUCGCCGACGUCUCGGCCACCCGCGAGCUGCGCGCCGCGUCGCCGCUGCGCUCGCGCAGCGUCACGUACCGCGCCCUCGACACGAAGCACAACUACCACAUCAAUGCGCCGUUCUUGGCUACCUUCCUCGCCAGCUGGGGCAUCUCAUUCAGGCAUUUGAGGUUGCUGGCCGUGCAUCUGCAGCACAUGGGGAAGGAUUGGUAUGAUAGUGAUUGGGUGGAGCCGGUGUAUAGAGGCGGCGCGAGGAGCUUGGAGGAGGAGGAGGAGGAGCGCGCGCAGGAGCGCAUGGCGCUGAAGAGGAGGGAGGAGGUUGAGAAGGCGGUGGAGGUGGUGAGGGAGCGGGAGGGCGGGUGGCUGAAGUUGGUUAGGGAGGAGGAGGCGAGGGGGUUGGAGGGGGAGUGGGAGAGGGUGGGAGGGAGGUGGUUUGUGUAUAAGGGGGUAAGGAGGGGGGAGGGGGAAGAGGAUGAAGAGAUUGAAGUAAUUGAGGAAGGGAAGGGGAAGGGGAAGGAGAAGGAGAACGCUGUUGAGGGCGAUGGCGCGGAGGCAGCGGCUGAGACGGAUGCCAGGGGGGUGAGCGGCAAUGGCGAUGGUGAGAGCGUGAAGCAAGAUGCUGCUUGGGUGUUGCCUAGGCCUCGGAGAUAUUGGCACUAG